AAUGGCUUCAUUUCAUGGCCAUAACUUGCAUUUAUGGCAAAUUUUCACUUUUCUAAUAAUUGGAUUAUUUGCGGCAGCGGGAAAUUGUGAAAAUGGUGAAUUCGAAAGAUUGGUUAUGCCGGGAACUUAUGGCAAACCUACAGAUCAAUCGACAACUGCCAGCGGUCCACAAGGUCGUUCCUAUCUACCCAGGGCUUAUUAUGAUGCGAAUACUGAAUGUUCGGUGGGUACCGAAUGUACACCGCUACACGAUUGCACGGCAAUGAUUUACGAAGUUGCCAAAAUGUGUUACUAUGGCGAUAAAUCAUUGUUCUGUGGUGGCGGUGAGGAAAUGCCCUAUGUCUGUUGUCCCAGUAGCCCAUUGGAGAAGAAUCAAGUUUGUGGAAAAUCACUGGUUCAGGGUCAUUUCUAUCGCGGUUUGGGUACAUAUCCAUUUGUGGCAAGAAUUGGAUUUAAACACAUUAAUACCGGAGCCUUUGCUUAUCCUUGUGCGGGUUCGGUAAUUGCUCGUAGAGUUAUUUUAACAGCUGCCCAUUGUGCUCUGGCCAAGGCUGAUGGUCACCGGUUAUCUUCAGUUCGUGUGGGUGAAUAUGACACAUCCUCUGAUCCUGAUUGUGCCAGUACAGGAUUUUGUGCCCCACGUUCGGUUAAUCAUGCCAUUAGUCAUGUCAUUGUACAUCCGGAUUAUAAACAGGGCCAAUAUCAUCAUGAUAUUGCUUUGUUGGUGUUAAAAACUCCGCUCAAUUAUUCGGUGGCCACCCAACCGAUUUGUUUACAAAAGACACGCAACAACUUGGUGGUGGGCAAGCGGGCCACCAUUGCUGGCUGGGGUAAAAUGUCUACAUCAAGCAGCCGACAACCUGAAAUGUCUUAUUUGGAUGUACCGCUAACCAGUUGGGAUUUGUGUUUGCGUAAUUAUGGUUCAACGGGUGCCUUGGAGUCACCCAAUUCCAUUGAGGGCCAAUGGAUGUGUGCUGGCGGUGAGGGUAAAGAUGUGUGCCAAGGAUUUGGUGGAGCGCCGUUGUUUAUACAAGAGAACGGAAUAUUUUCACAGAUUGGUAUAAUGUCCUUUGGUUCGGAUAAUUGUGGUGGUUUACGCAUCCCUAGUGUCUAUACAUCUGUGGCUCAUUUUGCCGAAUGGAUUCAUGACAAUACACCACCGGAAUAAUUUUUUGUUUUUGGGAGCAGG